AUGAACACAACAUUUGGCUCGAUAGUGCCUUCCACUAAUUUUGAUUUUUUUAAUUUGCCCAGUAAUAAUGAUAAUACUAGUACAAAUGCUGAUGCUAGAAACAGUAAUUUCUUUCUAAAUAAAAAUGGUGCAAACUCCUCGAGAAAUGUGUUAAAGGUACACUCUGCUGCUCAAGCCAAACCUCAGCGACAGUCACAAGAUCCCUCACACUCAUCCUCCCAUACAGGAACAAAAGCCGACCAAAAGAAGAAGUAUAUGGUAGCAGAUGAAAAAACUAUUCAGAUUGUCGGCCCCUUAGUUGCCUCUCCUGAUAUUUUGGGGUUCCAAAAGAGGUCACAUAAACCAAGAGAGUUACCAAGGUUUUUGAUUAAUCAGGACCCUCAAUUGGAGAAGAGAGAAUUUGUACAAGAUUCAUGGGAUAAAAUCAAUCAACAGAAAAUGUUAUCACUAGAAGAAUCCAUAGAUGAUCUCAAUGAAUUAUAUGAAACGUUGAAAAAAAUGAGAAAUACAGAGCGUUCGAUAAUGGAAGAAAAGGGAUUAGUAGAUAAAGCUGACUCGGCAAAAGACCUUUACGAUGCAAUUGUUUUCCAGGGUACUUGUCUGGAUAUGUGUCCCAUUUUUGAAAGAUCAAGAAGAAAUGUGGAAUAUACGGUCUAUUCAUAUGAGAAAAAUCAACCAAAUGAUAAAAAGGCUUCCAGAACCAAAGCACUAAAGGUCUUUGCAAGACCAGCGGCCGCUGCUGCUCCUCCAUUACCAUCUGAUGUUAGGCCACCGCACAUUUUAGUCAAAACACUGGAUUAUAUUGUUGAUAAUUUAUUGACAACUUUACCGGAGAGUGAAGGAUUUUUGUGGGACAGGAUGAGAUCGAUAAGGCAAGACUUUACUUACCAAAAUUAUUCAGGACCUGAGGCAGUUGAUUGUAAUGAGCGUAUUGUGAGAAUACAUCUUUUAAUUCUCCAUGUAAUGGUAAAAUCAAAUGUGGAGUUUUCGCUUCAACAAGAAUUAGAACAGUUGCAUAAGUCCCUGAUCACAUUGUCAGAAAUAUAUGACGAUGUUCGCUCUUGCGGUGGAACAUGUCCAAAUGAAGCUGAAUUUAGAGCCUAUGCCCUUCUGAGUAAAAUAAGAGAUUCUCAGUACGAUGAAAAUAUUCAAAGAUUGCCACAGCAUAUAUUUCAAGAUAAAUUAGUUCAAACGGCUCUGUGCUUUAGAAGGAUUAUCUCAAAUUCAGCAUAUACUGAACGUGGGAUUGUUAAAACUGAAAAUUGUUUAAACUUUUAUUCAAGAUUUUUCCAGUUAAUGCAGUCACCCAAUUUGCCAUUAUUGAUGGGAUUUUUUUUGCAAAUGCAUCUUACAGAGGUCAGAUUUUAUGCGCUAAGAGCUCUAUCACACACUCUAAACAAACGACAUAAACCAAUUCCUUUUGUCUAUUUGGAAAAUAUGUUACUCUUUAAUAGUUGGCAAGAAAUAACUGAAUUCUGCAAUUAUUAUUCAAUUGAAAUCAUAAACGGAGAUUCUGCGGAUUUAAAAACACUACAAAAUUAUUCUCAUAAAUUAGCAGAAACGCAACCUUUAAAAAAAACUUACUUAAACUGCUUAGAAAGCAGAUUACAAAAAACUACCUAUAAGAGUUUGAUCAAUUAUGGGAAAGACCAUUUUGGCUCAUUUUUUGAUAUAAAAUCAAAUUUGAAGAAUGAUAUAAAUUCUCCUUCCGUUACCCAAUCCUGUCUAAUGGGUGACGUUCUCAAUGACCAUAACGUAGUGAACCGAAACUCAUCUUUUGAACCGCAAAUUAAUAUCCCUUCAAAGGCAAUCAACAUUCAACCCAAGGAUCAUCUUUUAUCGAAACAAUCUAAACAAUCUACUGAAAUAUCUCAAUUUAAGAGUUCAUCAACAAAUGCUUCAUCGACUCAGCAGGUACCGGCAUAUCUAUCCGAACAGAAACAUCAGUUUAAAAACAUUGUAGAUGGAGGGUUCAAAUCUUUUUCUAACGGAUCAUUACCGAAUCCUGAAGUGCAAGCAUCCGAACCUUUCAGGAUACCAACUACCAUUAAUGAUACAGAUGACGAAAAAUCAAAGAGUAAGAGUCUAGAACAAGACGAUAAGUGGAGCAAAGAAAAACAAAGAAUUGAAAAAGAGGAAAUUUUGUUGAAAAAGAAACAGGAAAAUGAGAACAAAAAGGAAAUCACAGAACAAAUAGCAAAUGAGUUAAUAAGGAAAGUAGUAAACAGCAACGUCACUAAUAUUGUUAAGGAUGAAAUCUCAGAGGUUAAUCAUAGAAAGAAGCUUAUUGAAACGAUGACUCAGGAACUGUAUAAUGCCUUUGUACAUGAAAAACUGUAUCUCAUAUACAUGAAUACUCGUGCUGAAUUGAAAAGGAACUUUACCUUAAGAAAACAGUUCUUCAAGAAGUGGAAAGCAUCUUAUUAUCUGGCCAGGAAGAACAGAGCAAUAGAAGAAAAAAAGAGGAAAGAAAUCGAACUUGUCAGCCAUCAACUAGGAGUACCGGGCUUCAAAAAACAUACCUGUUCAUUGAAAACCCCAUAUAAAAGUAACGCGAAUUCAUCAUUUAUACUAUCAUCUUCGGAUAAAAAUAUAAUAUUAUCGCCCGUAAAUGAUGAAAUCAACAAGUUUGCAACACAUUUGACGCAAACCUCGAAACUGUGGGAACCAUUGGAUAUGAUAUCAAUUUAUUAUGAUAAGCUUACGGAAAAAUUUCCUGCGAACGUUCUUACACCAGCAAAUAUUAACAUUUAUGCCAAAGAUUGGACAUCUCUUUCAAAUCGUUGGAUCUUGAGUAAAUUUGACUUACAGACUAUGCAGGAUUCAAAAAAAUUCAGUAAUACUGUCAUUUCUAGCAGAAUAAGCUGUAUUGAUGACGAUUAUGAGCCAGCUGAUUUUAGUGAUUUGCAAUUAUUGAUCUUUAAUACAGGAGUUACAAAUCCAGAUAUAUUUGAUUUAGAGAUGAAACUAAAAGAUGACGGCGAAGAGCUGAUUAAGCUAAUUACAGGUGUUUCGCUAAAUACAAAUAUAUGCUUUUGCCUUCUAAUUAUUUAUUGGGAAUCUGCAGAGAAUACACUAUCAGAAAGCACAAUCAAACAGUCUCUAAAGCUGAACAGAAUAUCCAAAAACUAUAAUAGUGUCAUCGAACGUAUUGAUUUAAUGAACCUCACAGAGGAAUACCCUCAUAAGUGUUUAGAAGAUAAAUUAUUCGAAAUAUCACAAUCUUAUCUAUUCAAAUUGACUGAAAGGGGAAAAUAUAACAAAACACUUCGUCAGAAAAGGUCAUUAGCUGGUAUACACUCACGUAGCACCCAAUUACAGACUACAAAGGACAUUGACAAAAAAAUGAAAAAUAUGUUGGAAAAAGAAAAGAAAAAGUACCAACAUCAAAUUGGUGAAAGGAACACCUACCUGCAUCUAGAAUCACAUAUAGCCGCUUCACCAAAAGUCAAGAAAAGAAAGCUGCCGAUACUUUUAUCAUCUUCCCAUUCAAGCCAAUUCAAAACGCCCCUAGCAUCUAGACUAAAUACAUCUGGUACGUCUACAUCACCACCACUACCAUCUCAUUUGGCAAUGAAAUUCAGGAACAAUUCAAGGGUUACUAGUUUACAUACUGUUCUCCCCGUCAGCACACCAAGUCACAGUAACAAUUUGCCAGCUACAAGUUUAAAUGGCAAUAGCAGCACAGAUAUACAACCCCAACAACCGACUGAAAAUCAAAGGAGCAUGGCCGAGAGUUCGAAUAAUGCUUUUGAAAGAGUUCCGGAAAGCCAGGACAUAUACAAAACACCAAUUAACGCUGUCACUCCAGUGUUAGAUAGCACCGAUCAAGAUAAGAGGGAUAUUCCUGAUAGUAUAUUAGAACUUAAGACUCUGAUCAAUUCUGUCAGAAAAAAAGUAAGUAACGAUUAG